AUGUCCGCUCUUGCUUCCCAGACCUACACUCCCACUGAGGAGACCGAGAUCCAGCAAUGGCUCACCACCUCGGACCGUCUCAAGACCUCCUCUGUCGAAGAGCAGUCCCCGAUCCUAGAUACCCUCAACGCGCACCUGUCGUCUCGGACCACACUUCUCGGCUCGAAACCCUCCAAGGCUGAUGUCGCCAUUUACGAGACCCUGAAACCAGUGGUCAAUGGCUGGAACUCUGAGCAGCGCUCCGGAGAGCAGGGCCGCCCUCAUGUUGUGCGCCACCUCGAUUUCGUCCAGAACUCCCCUCAGUUCGGUCUGUCGGUCAGCGACAAGGUGCAGGUCGACCAGGAUGAUGUCCUCUUUGUCAAGAAGCCCGUUGAUGCCAAGGCUGAGAAGGAGCGCCUCAAGAAGGAGAAGGCUGCUGCCGCAGCAGCCGCCGCAGGCGGUGAGGGCCAGGACGCGUCGCUUGUCGACCGCACCAAGGAGAAGGUGAAGGAGAAGGUCGCCGAGGCCAAGGAGACGGUCGCUGGCGCCGAGGGCAAGAAAAAGGAGAAGAAGGAAAAGAAGGAGAAGGCCCCGAAGCCGCAGAAGGCCGCGCCCGCUGCGGCUCCCCUCUCGCCCUCUCUGAUCGAUCUGCGUGUCGGUCACAUUCUCAAGGCUGUCAAUCACCCCGAUGCCGACUCGCUCUACGUGUCUACGAUUGCCAUGGGAGACCCUGCGGGUGAGGACACCACCGAAUACGAGGGCCAGGUCUGUCGCACAGUCUGCUCGGGUCUCAACGGAUUAAUCCCGCUUGCGGAUAUGCAGGGCCGCAAGGUUGUGGUUGUCUGCAACCUCAAGCCCGUCAAGAUGCGUGGCAUCAAGUCCUCCGCCAUGGUGCUGGCCGCUUCCCCCAAGGUCAAGGAGGGCGAGACCGAUGACCACAAGGGUCCGGUCGAGCUGGUCAGCCCACCCGAGGGCAGCAAGGCUGGUGAAAGGGUGUUCUUCGAGGGCUGGGGUGCCGACAAGCCCGAGGGUCAAUUGAACCCCAAGAAGAAGAUCUGGGAGACUAUCCAGCCCGGCUUCACCACUACUGACAAUCUCGAGGUUGCGUUCAAUGCCGGCGCUGUGGAGCAGCUGGGCAAGACGGACGUUGGCAAGCUCGUCACUGAGAGCGGUGGCGCUUGCACGGUUCAGACGCUCAAGGACGCUGUCGUUCGAUAG